GUGACAUAUAUCGUUCCAUUCACAAUUGGCCAUAUCAUCCUCGACACACGAAAUAACCGCCAUAAUGGAAGCAAACAACACUACAAUCGAGAAAGAAACAUUUUUCAUGCCCCCUUCCUACCCAGACGGUGCAACAGAGCCAAACGUCCUCAAUGCUCUGGAAAAGCCCGAGCGCAUUCAAAAGAUCGUCCAGGAAGGCAUCCUCCUCGCUGGCGGAGCAGCCGCUAUCCUCCUCCAAGUCGCCAUGCCAGGCAUCUACUCUGGUGAUGAUCCACAGCUGCAAGUGUGGGUUGCUGCUACUCCGCAAGCCGUUGGAAUUGAUGUGUACGAGCAGGUGUUUGGUCGAAUGAGCGAGGAAGCAGCAGAAGAUGUGUAUCGAGAAUAUGCCAUACUCGCCGUCUCUUUACGCGUGAGACCUGGGAUGUGGCCACAGGAUCGUCGGGCAUCUUGGAUCUACUGGAAUAACGUGGCCAAGGAUUUACUAUUCAGCAACCGCGUGCCGCUGAAAAUUCGUGCUGUUCUUCCUUUGGUUCGACUUAUGACAGCCGAUAUGCUCCCAGAUCGCAUCCGAGAAGAAUAUGGCCUCAAGAUAGGCAAGUGUCGACGGAGAAUGCAAGGAAUUGUAACGGGAUUGACCAAGGCAAUGUAUCCUGCUACACCAAAGUUCAUCCGUACGUAUCCAUUGCGGUACUAUAUGAAGGAUAUGCGGAGACGGACCAAAGACGCCAAGUGA